AUGGUUUUAUUGAAUGGUAAGUGUGUUUAUGAAUUCGAAAUUUUAGAUGCUUUAAAAAAAGCUAAAAAGAAUAUUCGUCGAGUGUUUUCAGCGGCUGAAGAUGCAGAAGACGCUGAGGAACUUUAUCGGCUUUUAUCUAUGCCUGCUCUGAAAUCAUUGUUAACAGUGUAUUCAAGUAUUAAGGCUGUAAAUACGUACUAUGUGGGCGAAGAGGACUGCGUGGCGUUAGGAUUGAUGGAGACUGUCUGUGAGGAUCUUCGAGUAGCCGUUUCCGAUGGCUACUUCCCUAUGCCCUCGGAAGCUGAAGAACUCUUUCAGAUACUGUCGAGCCCCCACGUUCAAGCCCUUGGGACGUGCAUCCAGGAGAUUGCCACAGAGAAUUUCCUCACGCCUACUCUUCCCUCAGUCCUCUUUGCUGUUGAUGGCACAGUAACCAACCUUCCAGAGGCCGUUUACAACGACACUCUGAAAGGCGUUUCCACGUUGAGUCGCAAAGACCUCCAAAACGGCUCAUUGCAGCGGAAGACAGGCAGCUUAAAUCCGGCUUUGGGAGAGAGUACAACCUCACUCUACGCUCGAAACGGCACAGCUAACGGUGUGAAAUUGACUGGAGGUGGUGAAGGCCUUCCAAAGAAACCGGUCGAGGAAAGUGCUCUACGGCUGAUCAGUUUUAAGCGAAACGUUGAAGACUUGGGUAUCACGAUUGGUAUCCAGGAGAACGAUGCCUCUGUGGGCUACGCUCGUGACAUCUACGUGAAGCGCGUGAUGGUCGGUUCCCAGGUGGAGAAGCUCGGCCUCCUGGGUGAAGGUGACAUCAUCCGAGAGGUCAACGGAGUGCAGAUCGAUGCCCCCGAGACGCUACUGGAGCAAAUGGCCAAGUCGCCUGUCACCGUGACAAUGAAGAUUAUCCCUGCACACAAAGACACGAAAAUCAAGUCCCAGCUUUAUGUGCGAGCUCUCUUCACGUACGAACCGGAGAAGGACAAGCUGUUGCCCUGCAAAGAGGCGGGGCUCCGGUUUCGGUGCUACGACAUUCUCCAGGUGCUGAACCAGGCCGAUCCUAACUGGUGGCAGGCGCGUCACUACGACUCGAGUGAGCACGCCGCGCUCAUUCCCUCCGACACCCUUCAGGAACGACGCAAGGCCAUCAUUCAAAGCAUUCCCGACGCCAGUGCUUUCAACUACCGCUUCUUCAGGGGACUUGUAGAUAAUCAGAAGACCAAAAAGACAAAAAUGAUUUUCAACGCCAAGGACUUUGAAGCCUUCACAUCGAAAAACGUUUGUGUAUACGAGGAGGUAGCGUUGAUUUCUGGCUUCCAGCGGCCCGUGAUCUGUCUGCUGGGUGCUCCAGGCGUUGGACGUCAGACGCUUCGCGAUAUGCUCAUUGAGGACAAUCCGGAUCGCUAUGAACUCGCCAUUCCUUACACUUCGAGGGCGAGACUGCCAGGUGAAGAGGACGGCGUUGAUUUCUUCUUCGAAAGUGCAAGGAAAAUGCAAAAUGGCUAUCAAAGAAACCACUUUAUUGAGUUCGGCGAAGCUGACGGCGAUUACUACGGCACGAAGCUGAAGACCCUGCGCAGGAUCUCCCAGUCGGGAAAGACCUGCCUCCUGGACUGCAGCCCAGGCGCGGUUAACAGGAUCCGAACGUCCGAGUUCAUGCCCUACGUGGUGCUCAUCGCCGCCCCGUCGUGUGACUGCAUGAAAGCAAUGUACGAGUACGGACGCAGCAUGGGCUUCACCGAGGUGUGGCGACGUGACGAAGACUUUCGCAAGACACUUGAGUGCAGCCGGGACAUCGAACGGAAUUACCGGCACGUCAUCGACAAGAUUGUCAUCUGCGACAACAUCGAGGUGACCUUUGUCCGACUGAAAGAACUGCUGGACGGUCUGCUGGAGAAGCCGCAAUGGGUUCCCGCGAAGUGGCUCUAUUAA